CAAUAUUUGGUCUAUACGGGAACUUGUGAGUGAGGACGAAGGUUUUCUGUUUUCUUUCUGUAGCCGACCUCUACGUUGUGAACAGGAUGGCCGAUACUUGGACAGUGUUGCAGUCGGUUGCGAUCGUCACUAUCUUUGUGUGUGGUUUCCUGGGGGGAGUGUUAGCGAAAGUGAGUCAGCGCCACGCUUUCACUACUCAGAUACUCAACCUGGCAGCAGGCGGAGUUCUGUUGGCUGCUGGAUGUAUUCAUCUUCUUCCUGACGCGUCCGACGGGCUGAAGGAUCUUCACGGUGCAGGAGACUACCCUCUGGCUCCACUCCUAGCAUACUCGACAUUCAUCAUUCUGAUGCUUGUGCACAUGUUAGCAGAAUACUUUGCUCUCAACGUUGCAGGAAAGACUGAGGACAGAGCAGAGUUGAUCAACAGUCAACAGGGCGAUGCAGCCGUUGCCUCUGCUCUUGCUGCUCAAUUGGCAUCAUCAAGCAAUCCGAGACGAUGGGCAUCAGCCAUUGUACUACUUGCUGGUCUGGGAUUUCAUUCGUUUCUCGCCGGAAUGAGUCUCGGAGCUCAGAAAGAUGUGCACUCUGUAGUCGACAUUCUUGGACCCAUUCUCGCACACAAGACUCUGGCUGCGGCCGCUCUGGGUAGCAGCAUUGUGAAUGCUCAUGCCCCAAACCACGUCUUCUACACUCUCAUUACCCUCUUUGCGUUGACAACGCCUUUGGGUUCUGUCGUUGGCUUGGCCAUUUCUCAGUUUAGUGAUGAUAUGGUGUGGGCAUCAGCUUUUAAGGCGUUGGCAGCAGGGACUUUCGUCUACGUGGCUGUUAUUGAGAUAAUUCCGGACGCUCUAUCUGUCAAAAACGGUCUGAUGAAGCUCCUUAUUCAGUUUCUUUCGCUCGUUCUUGGCUUUGGGCUGAUGGCUAUGCUAGCGGUGUGGGUGUAGGUUUUUUAGUGCAUCUAGAUCGAGAAACAGAUUAGUUAGAUGAUGAACGAAUGAAGGUCUAGCGAAUUUUUAGCACUUGCAAUGAGAGCCAUGCAUAUCGUCUCGGUCUUAAUUCAACUCUGUAUGUCUAGA